CUUGCAGCAGCAUUCUGACACCUACCCUCGCCCCCCACCAGUCUGCUGACUCGUCGUGACCAUACAGCAACUGUAAAAUCAGGCCACCAACCCUAAUGCAUUCCCUAAGCUCCUAAGCUCGCCGUACGGAAAGUAUGUCCGCACCGUCACCCGCGCGCCUCGAUUCGCUCCUUACAUCGUCCUCUUAGUUACCAUCCCUAGCGCUGUUCCAGACGGGUCGCCAUCGUGCUGCCAGUGACGUAUCCGUUCCAAUCUACAUCCGUGUAGUUUUCCGUCCGCUAGAGUUUCCAUCUGCGGCGCUCUGUCAGCCUAACGUAAACAGAAUGGCGUUCGACGGCCGACAAAGAAGUUGACGCGCCGUCAGCGAAUUGCCGUUUAGGGUUUCCGCAUCCAGUCAUCGAACCCUGCUCACCAUCUACGCGACUCCUCCGAACCGAUUAAUCAGGACGAAGCCGUCAACCCUAAUAAUCUCAGUCAGGCCUCCCGUCGCCCUUCGAGACCCGCCUCUCUCCUCCAUUUAAUUCAUUCGAUGGCGUGCCGGCAACAAAGAUGGCGACCGUCAGUAUCCGUACUCGCUACAGUAGUCGCGCUACUAUUACUACUCCAAGCGAGCCGCGUGGAGGCAAUACGGAGAGCGGAGCUGCAGCGAGCCAUCGGGCAGAUCAACCGGCGAGCGGGGUUCGCGACCGUUAAAAACGUCAUCAGCCAAUGGCUAUCCGCGCUCACCUCGCUGUCUGACGUCACCAUCCUCCUCCCCCUCUCGCCCGAGGUCAUCUCCUUCAUGUCCACCGCCUUCUCCCCCGCCAAGCGCGAUCAAAUCCUCGCCUUCCACGUCAUCACCAAGCGCUACUCCUACGCCAAUCUCACCGCGCUCUGGGGGGGUGCGGAGCUGGAGACCCUUGAGGGCAUGCCACUGAUCAAACGCGGGCCCAACUUCCAACCGCUGACACUGUUUCAAGGGCGGCAGCUGGUGCCGUCGCUGGUGAUCGUGCCGAAUAUAUUUGUCGGGUCUACGUUCACGAUCCAUGGCAUCAGUACAGUGCUAAUCCCCCCAGACUUAUGACCAUAAAGGUUUGUGCAAAAAAGGAGCUUUACCAUAUACCAUAGCUAACACACUAAUGGCCUACACAAACGAGUAGCUGUACUAUUGCAUGAGAUUUGUUUGUAGCUCGAUUUGAAUAGGACUCAACACUUCGUUGGGUUGGGACAACACAGCUUGUGUGAAAGAAUAAUACCA